AUGGUAUCAGAGUUAUGCCUGAGAUGGUGGAGAUCACGGCGGCGAAGGAAUGCCCGGCGGUGGAGCUUUUUUAGAUUUCAUCAUCAUAUAGAAGAAGAUGAAUCAGCGGAUAGAAGCUCGCAGUCAACCGGGAAGCGGAGCAGGCUUCGCGGAGGACGAACGGCGGCUGGUCGGAAUAGCUUAUGGGCGAAGAAGCUGAUCGAGUCGUCUCGGUUCAUCGGAGAAGACGCUCGCGAGAUGCAAGGAUUCCCUCUGAUUCGCAUCUGA